UGAGACAAACGCGCCCCCACCGCCAACAGUGAAUGUGGCUGUGUGGAAUACGUACUUGUCUGCUAGCAGGAGAGAGUGAUUGCUAACCGUCGUUUGCUCUAGCCGCCUUCGUGGAGCCCUGGAGCUCUUUCCUACGUAACCUCAACCUCUCCGCUCUACCCUUCCAGAAUCUACCCUCUCCAACCUUGCUCAGCCUCGUCCAUUCGCCUUCACAACCCUCCUGCCCGCCUUUAUUAUUCUGCGUACAUUCCCGAAUGCCUGGCUGUUCGUGACGCCUCAAUACAUUCUUCCCAUUCGCAUCCAUCGCUUGGCCUGCACAGCCUACCUAAUACAGCCCCAGUCCUAGCGCGCCCGGGCUAGCCUUCAAGGCGCCCUCCAUGGCUGACAACAAAAAAAACGUCGAAGUACGGAAUACGCCCUCGCCGGGGCCUGCUCGAAGGCAAAGGGCACCCACCAUCACCAUAGACACCUCUGCCGUCAACGCUACCAACCCUAACAUGGGAGACUCAGUACCGCUGGGAGAUCUCCCGGAUAAUCGAACAUCAUCACAGCAUCACGAAGACACAGCCGGCUCUGUUUCACCGACGCAGGCGAAGAUGCCCCAGAGCGAGCUGCGGGCUGCAAACUCGUUCGAGAGCAGAGAGAGCCGGCCAACAUCCCCCCACAAUGUUUCUUCACCUACAUCACACUGGGGAAACCCUCACAAUUACCUUUCAGUGCCCGGAAAACGGUCACGAGGCAAUUCCCUAGACUCCACGACGGAAGUAGGCGGGUCUGCGUCCAGCAAUGGCACAUACCAGACCUCCUCUCAAGGCGAGACGCUGAGAGGGGAUCAUAAUCCAAGUGAGAUACUAAGCGACGAAGAGGCGCUACGUCCGGAUCCCGGGACAGAAGCCGAUUUUGAAGUACAAGACAACAAAUUUGCCUUUUCCCCUGGCCAGUUGGGAAAAUUUCUAAAUCCGAAAAGUUUAGGCGCUUUUCAUGCCCUGGGUGGAUUGGCGGGUUUGGAAAAGGGGUUGAGAACUGACAGAAAGGCUGGCCUCAGCGUCGACGAGCAAUAUUGGGAUAAUGCUAUUACCUUUGAGGAGGCAACGGGCUCAAAAAUGUCCAACACACAUUCUAAGCCUUCCCCCGAUCACGAGUUCCGAAGAAGCGACACCACCGCUACCAUGUCGAAACCGCUGUCAAAGGAGGCCUUUGCUGAUCGUAAACGGGUCUUUAGCGACAAUCGUUUACCUGAACGAAAAGCUAAGAGUAUUCUACAGUUAGCCUGGAUGGCAUAUAAUGACAAGGUUCUUAUUCUUCUUACCGUUGCCGCCGUUAUUUCUCUUGCCCUCGGACUCUACCAAACAUUUGGGCAAUCACACGCGCCUGAUACGCCCAAAGUGGAAUGGAUCGAAGGAGUUGCCAUCAUGGUAGCCAUCAUCAUUGUUGUAGUUGUCGGUGCCCUCAACGACUGGCAAAAGGAACGUCAGUUUGUAAAGUUGAAUAAGAAAAAGGAGGAUCGAUACGUCAAAGUUAUCCGCUCCGGCAGGAUUCGGGAGCUCUCCGUCUAUGAUGUCCUCGUGGGGGACGUCGUUCUCCUCGAACCAGGAGACAUGGUACCUGUCGAUGGAAUUCUGAUCCAAGGCCACGGCAUCAAAUGCGAUGAAUCAUCUGCUACUGGAGAAUCGGACCUACUUAAAAAGACUCCCGCAGAUGAUGUAUAUCGAGCACUGGAAAACCACGAGCCGGUCAAGAAAAUGGACCCAUUCAUUUUGUCUGGCGCCAAAGUUUCUGAAGGGGUCGGGUCUUUCCUUGUCACGGCCACCGGAGUGAACUCUACCUAUGGAAAAACUAUGAUGUCCCUUCGCGAAGAGAAUGAAGUUACACCGUUGCAGUCGAAACUCAAUGUCCUAGCAGAGUACAUCGCAAAACUGGGUGGUGCUGCAGCUCUGUUACUCUUUAUCGUCCUUUUCAUCGAGUUCUUGGUCACUCUCCGGACUAGCAAAGAAACGCCCGCCGAGAAAGGACAGAACUUCCUCAACAUUCUUAUAGUCGCCAUUACUGUCGUGGUAGUUGCUGUUCCUGAGGGAUUGCCGCUCGCUGUCACCCUAGCCCUAGCUUUUGCUACCACUCGCAUGCUUCGAGACAAUAACCUGGUCCGGCUACUACGAUCUUGUGAAACAAUGGGAAAUGCCACCACCAUCUGCUCUGACAAAACCGGCACACUCACCCAGAAUAAGAUGACGGUCGUCUCUGGGACUCUUGGGACGGCCCUUCGCUUUGGCGACCGAAAACUCAAGGCUCCGGCCGCCGCGCGUCUUAUGGACGAUGGGACAAAGGGAAAGCAGGUCGAGUCCCCUGUAGACCACGUUGACGACGUCUCAGCGUCCGAAUUUGUCUCUACCCUUAGCAAAGAGGUCAAGAGCCUGUUAGAACAAUCAAUUGUUCAAAACACGACUGCUUUCGAAGGUGAAGAGGGUGGUCCUGACCCAUUCAUCGGAUCUAAAACGGAGACUGCUCUUCUUGGUUUCGCUCGAGACUAUCUGGGAAUGGGUUCCGUCAGUACCGAGCGCUCGAAUGCCAAUAUUGCUCAGAUUGUUCCUUUUGAUUCCGGUAUCAAAUGCUCAGCUGUCGUUGUCAAGCUGGAUGACGGUCGCUAUAGGAUGUUUGUCAAGGGAGCAUCGGAAAUACUUCUUGCCAAGUGCGACAGCAUCAUCUCAGAUGCAACGAAGGAACUCACGGACAUCCCUAUCUCCGAAGACAACCGUGAUACUCUGGAACGAUUAAUCACGACUUACGCCUCACGAUCCCUUCGAACGAUUGGUCUCGUAUAUCGUGAUUUCGAGAGUUGGCCCCCAAAAGAUGCCCGCAAAUGGGACGAUGACCCAUCACAGGCUAUCUUCGAGGAUGUCUUCAAGCAGAUGGUCUUUCUUGCCGUUGUUGGUAUCCAAGAUCCUCUCCGAGAAGGUGUUCGCGAGGCUGUCGAGGAUUGCCAGCACGCCGGUGUCUUCGUCCGUAUGGUCACAGGUGAUAACGUUAUGACCGCUAAAGCUAUUGCGGAGGAUUGUCGAAUCCUUGUUCCUGGCGGAGUUAUCAUGGAAGGUCCAGCUUUCAGAAAACUAUCGAAGAAAGACAUGGAUGCUGUCAUUCCUAAACUCUGCGUGCUUGCUCGAUCUAGCCCGGAAGACAAGCGCAAGCUCGUCAAGCGACUAAAAGAAUUAGGGGAGACCGUUGCCGUGACUGGAGAUGGUACAAACGAUGCACCAGCCUUAAAGACCGCUGACGUUGGAUUUUCAAUGGGAAUUGCUGGAACCGAGGUCGCAAAAGAAGCCUCUGCUAUCAUUUUGAUGGACGAUAACUUUUCGUCAAUCGUCAAGGCUUUGCUUUGGGGUCGAGCCGUCAACGAUGCUGUCAAGAAAUUUCUCCAAUUCCAAAUCACAGUCAACAUCACCGCUGUCAUACUUACCUUCGUUUCCGCGGUCUCCAACUCGGACCAGCAAUCAGUGCUUACCGCCGUACAACUUCUCUGGGUCAACCUUAUAAUGGACACAUUCGCCGCAUUGGCCCUGGCUACAGAUCCUCCGACUCGCAGUAUGCUCGAUCGAAAGCCAGACCCAAAAUCUGCACCAUUGAUCACGUUAAGGAUGUGGAAAAUGAUAAUUGGGCAAGCGAUCUACCAGCUUGUCGUCACCCUCAUUCUCUACUUCGCCGGCAACUCCAUCCUGUCCUACGAAACCGAGGAAGAAAAGAGACGUCUGCCCACAUUGGUGUUCAAUACUUUCGUGUGGAUGCAAAUUUUCAACCAGAUCAAUAAUCGUCGUUUGGACAACCGGUUCAAUAUCUUUGAAGGGAUUCAUCACAACUACUUUUUCAUUUUCAUCAAUUGCAUCAUGAUUGGUGGACAGAUAAUGAUCAUCUUCGUUGGAGGCCAUGCGUUCUCCGUUGUUAGGAUCAACGGUGCACAAUGGGGAUAUUCUAUCGUUUUGGGUGCCUUGUCUCUUCCAGUUGGUGUCAUCAUUCGAUUGAUACCAGACGAGGCCAUCCGCCGCUGUAUUCCUGCAUUUUUGAAGAGAAAGCACACUCCAGAGGUUGUUGUUUCAGACGAGUACCAGUGGAAUCAAGGACUCCUCGAGAUUCGCGAGGAACUUGCUUUCAUAAAAAGGGUACGAGGUGGACGUCUCAGCAACCUUAAGUUCAAGGUUCAGCAUCCCCGAGAGAUAUUCUCCAGGUCGAGAUCAAGUUAUUCCCUACCCGGAACCCCUAACAAUGGUGCGGAACAUAAUGCCGCAGAAAACUCUCCUGGCCCUCCAACACCAGAUUCCAGAAGUCGCCGUCGAGGAAGGUCCCGCUCAAACUCAGCAUUUGGUCCAGCUGCCGUUAUGGCAGGUAUUGUUGCCGGCAGUGUGGCCGGAUGGUCUCCGAUUGAUAGAGGACAUGGAGACAGUGACUCUUUGAAGUUCUCGCGCAACAGAAGUAGAUCCGACUUGGAAGGCCAAGACGGCAUUGACGUCCACCCCGACACAAAGUCCAUUGACCCGAUACUGGUUUCCGAGCCCCACCAAUACAGUGGUCCUUCUAGUCAAAAUAUGGAGGCCACACCAAAAUUUGAUGUUGGACCUUUUGCUGGCGACCCAAAAACUGGAUGAUUCCGCAAAACCGUCUGGGUCUUGAAGGAAGACAAGGAUGUGUUUGGUCCAGCCAUCAACAAUCCCAACUCCAGCGAUAGCUUUUCUAGCCCGCGGAACAAUUAAUAGGUCGUUAAAUAUGCCCCUGUUCAUAGGCGACACAGCCUCCAUUCCC